AUGGACCAAACGGAAGCCGAGCCUCAGGUCUAUAUGGCAUGCGUCCUACAUGACCAUCGGGUUGGAAUUGCUUACUAUGAUCCCAGUAUUUGCCAACUUCAUGUGCUUGAAGUUUGGGAAGAUGGAAGCUCGGACUUUCCCCUAAUUGAUCUGGUAAAAUAUCAGGUGAAGCCUUUGAUUGUUUACACAAGUACUAAAAGUGAAGAGUCCUUCUUAUCUGCUUUACAACGAAGUGAUGGAACAACUGAGGCUCCUACAGUGAAACUAGUAAAAAGUUCAAUAUUCAGUUAUGAGCAAGCCUGGCACAGAUUGAUAUACCUUCGAGUGACAGGAAUGGAUGAUGGGCUGAAUAUCAAGGAGAGGAUUUCUUAUCUUAGUUCUAUGAUGGACAUGGGAAGUGAUGUUCAAGUGCGAGCAAGUGGAGGUCUUCUUGCCAUAUUAGAGAGUGAAAGGAUUGUAGAUACCCUUGAGCAAAAGGAAUGUGGAAAUGCAUCAAUUACUAUUGAUUCUGUCACGGAAAUUUCACUAAACAAAUUUCUUAAACUCGAUGCAGCAGCUCAUGAAGCACUGCAAAUUUUUCAAAUCGACAAACAUCCAAGCCAUAUGGGGAUUGGCAGGGCAAAAGAAGGAAAGGACAUAUUCCUUAACGAGAUUAAGAUAUCAUUUUUCCUUUGUUCUGAAGAACUGAUGGUUUCUUUGCGAGAAACAUUGAAGUCUGUCAAGGACAUUCCACGUUUACUCAGAAGUGUUUGUGCGCUCUUGCAUUUGGGCAAGUUACUUGAAGUAGGCAUUUCUGAAAGUCUUCAAGAACAGGCAAAGUACUUGAAUUUGAACAUUAUUGAUCAGGCUUGUUCAUGCAUCACAACUGAGUUGGCUUAUGUCUAUGAAUUGGUGAUUGGUGUUAUUGAUACUAAUAGAAGUAAAGAGAAGGGUUAUGGGACAGUAGUGAAAGAGGGGUUCUGUGAUGAGUUGGAUGAGCUGAGGCAAAUCUAUGAAGAACUGCCAGAUUUUCUGCAUGAGGUUUCUUCAAUGGAGCUUGGACAACUUCCCCAUUUCAGUAAAGAGAAGCUUGUUCCUUGUAUUGUUUACAUACAUCAAAUAGUGUUGAAGGAUGGAUUUCUUGAAUUGAAUGGAAUUCUAACUUUUUCUGAUGUUGAUGGAGAGACUAAAAGAUUUUUUUAUCGUACCCCAAAGACGCGAGAAUUGGACGAACUUCUAGGAGACAUUUAUCACAAGAUACUAGAUAUGGAGAGGGCAAUCACUAGAGACUUGGUUUCGCAUAUGCUUCUAUUUUCUGACCAUCUGCGUAAGGCUGUAAAUUUUGCAGCUGAACUUGAUUGCAUUUUGUCAAUGGCCGUAGUUGCCCGUCAAAACAAUUAUGUGAGGCCUAUUUUGACUGAAGAAACCUUGCUUGACAUUCAAAAUGGAAGACAUGUUUUGCAGGAAAUGACCGUAGACACAUUUAUUCCUAAUGAUACAAAGAUUCUUCAUGAUGUCCAUGGCAUUGAUGCUUCUGUUGCAAUUAAUUUUGAGGUGGCUCUAAUAGUUUUCCUUUCUCACAUUGGAAGUUUUGUGCCAGCAGAUGCUGCCACGGUGGGAUUGACUGAUAGGAUAUUCUGUGCAUCCGGAAGCAAGCUCAUGACUGCAGAACAAUCAACAUUUAUGAUUGAUCUGCAUCAAGUAGGAGUGAUGCUAAGGCAAGCAACUUCACGAUCUUUGUGUCUGUUGGAUGAAUUUGGUAAAGGUACUCUAACUGAAGAUGGCAUUGGUCUACUGGGUGGAACUUUAAAUCAUUUUGUUGCAUGUGAUGACCCUCCAAAGGUUCUGAUGUGCACUCAUUUGACUGAGUUAUUUAGUGAUGGUUGCUUACCAAGGUCUGAGAAGGUAAAAUUUUACACCAUGAGUAUGCUGAGACCUGACAACAACUCUACAGACAACGAGGACAUUGUUUUUCUCUAUCGGUUAGUUCCUGGACAUGCACUUCUUAGCUAUGGACUUCAUUGUGCUCUACUUGCUGGCAUCCCUGAGGAAGUUAUUAAGAGAGCAGCAUUCAUAUUGGAUUCCGUUGGAAAUGGCAAUUAUGCUGAGCGAUUGUGCAAUGGGAAUAUAUCAGCGCAGGAUCAGCAAAACAAGGAAUUGGUGGACAGGAUGCUGAAAUUUGAUGUUUUCAAGGGUGACAUCAAUCUCUUCUUCCAAGAUAUAUUUGCUUGUUCCUCCAAGAAGUAUGUUGAUAAGAAUCCAAAGUUUGAUCUACUGAAGGACUUGUAUGUUUCUCUUUGGUUUGCUUCCGUUUCCCUACAACUUGGAAAACUGUUUGUAUUAUCUGAAUUUAAACGUAGGGAAAGAAUGGAUGAUGAUGAUGAGGGGAACGGUUUUAAGGAUGAGGUUCUUAUUUCAUACAGUUGGCUGUAUACACAGCCAAUUGAGGAAGAUUACCCGUUCUAUCCUUGGCCUACCAUUUUCAAUUUUUUCGAAAGGAUUGAGAUGGAAAAUGCACUGACUGUCCUUGUGGCAGAAAGAAAAGAUCAUAUGGUGGCGGAUCGAACUUAUAAAGUAUCCGUUGAAAUGAGAUCCAGGAAGAAUACUUAA